ACACCCGCCGCCCCCGGACUCUGCCAAUCCGGGGCACACCGGGCGGACGUGCCAGGGGAGCCCCCGCCCCUCCUGCUGGUUAGCGUCACGCGUGACGUUACGCGUGAUGGGUUGGAGGGCGGGGGUGAUGCGCGAAGAAGAAGGCAGAUCUGAGAGCUGCAGAGGCCAGGACCCCAGGAGCCCAGGAGCAAAAUGGGUGAAUUGCCCUUAGAUAUCAACAUCCAAGAACCUCGCUGGGACCAAAGCACAUUCCUGGGCAGAGCCCGGCACUUCUUCACUGUUACCGACCCCCGAAAUCUGCUGCUGUCUGGGGCACAGCUGGAAGCUUCCCGGAACAUUGUGCAGAACUACAGGGCUGGCGUGGUGACUCCAGGGCUCACCGAGGACCAGCUGUGGAGGGCCAAGUAUGUGUAUGACUCUGCCUUCCAUCCGGACACGGGGGAGAAGGUGGUCCUGAUUGGCCGCAUGUCAGCUCAGGUGCCCAUGAACAUGACCAUCACUGGCUGCAUGCUCACCUUCUACAGGAAGACCCCAACUGUGGUGUUCUGGCAGUGGGUGAAUCAGUCCUUCAAUGCUGUUGUUAACUACUCCAACCGCAGUGGCGACGCUCCCAUCACUGUGAGGCAGCUGGGAACAGCUUAUGUGAGUGCCACCACUGGGGCUGUGGCCACGGCCCUGGGACUCAAAUCCCUCACAAAGCACCUGCCCCCGCUGGUCAGCAGAUUUGUGCCCUUUGCAGCUGUGGCAGCUGCCAACUGCAUCAACAUCCCUCUGAUGAGGCAGAGGGAGCUGCAGGUGGGCAUCCCGGUCACUGAUGAGGCGGGUCAGAGGCUUGGCCACUCGGUGGCCGCAGCUAAGCGGGGAAUCUUCCAGGUGGUGGUAUCAAGAAUCUGCAUGGCGAUUCCAGCCAUGGCCAUUCCCCCCGUGAUCAUGGAUGCUCUGGAGAAGAAAGACUUCCUGAAGCGCCGCCCCUGGCUGGGGGCGCCCCUGCAAGUGGGACUGGUGGGCUUCUGCCUGGUAUUUGCCACCCCCCUGUGCUGUGCCCUGUUCCCCCAGAGAAGCUCCAUACAUGUGAGCAGGCUGGAGCCGGAGCUGAGAGCUCAGAUCCGUGAGCAAAACCCCAGCAUCGAAGUGGUUUACUACAACAAGGGGCUUUGAGGGAGGGGCAGCCCCUGGCCUCUCCCUCACCCCCUUGGGCUGCUGCUUCAGUGGAGCCUUGCCAUCCCUACCACUUGCCUGUCUGCCUGAUUCUGGGCAGAGGGCUUAGUGGGGGAGUGGCCAUUGAGACCAGCAUCCAUUCCAUUAGGCUGCGAGAGGUGCCCCCGUAAACCUUUUUCUCUCCUCUCUCCUUUCUCC